UCAGUAAGACAACAGUCGCAACAGUGGUUUUCAAAAUUUGAAUAACAAUGUACGAAAUGUGUAGCGAUUCAAAAUCCAAUUUGCUGUGCGGUUAAUUAUUUAUUUCUUUUUUACAUUGUCAAGUGACGGUUUUCGCUGUGUUCCGGUGUUCGUUUCAAUUUAAUAGUCAAUUUGCUGUAAAUUUUGGUUGGAAAUUGCACUGCAGUAUAAUCGGUCGUAUUCGAAGGUGAUACGAGAUAACUGCACCAAUACCCAUUUAAAGGAGUUUAAUCGUUCCAUCAAGCCACUGAUACGAUUACGGCAAAUUAAAAAUGACCGCAGACAAUUUCAUGGAUCAUUGUCGUUACUCAACGUUCUAUUCAUCAUUGAAUAUUUGAUAGAAUGGCCAUUGAACAAGUGCCAAAACUAAAUUUAAGCCCAUUAGACUAGUCAAAUUGAGUCAAAGACACUGAAAUAUUUUGUAAAAACAAGCAAACCAAGCCACAGUUCAUAUCUCAAAACGAAUUCAAUUGAAAUGGGCAAUAAAAACUCCUGUUGCUCCUAUUCGAGUCCGCCGCCGACACGUAAAGUCAAAGAGUCAACGUCGGCGUUCGAGGUUCGUCUUCCAGAAGGAGAACAAUCCACCAACAAUUUACAGCAUAUAUCCGAACGGGAAGCCGGUGACAAUGAUGCCGAUCCAUCGUGCGAUCCAUCAACGGGAACACUGUUCUUGGAACGAUCGAAGCAAUUCGUUGAGAAUGGGAUGACGCGCAAGAAAUCGCAACAUCAAAUCGCACCGCAGCUGAAGAAAAGUAGUUCAUGCUCAACGAUUUAUUUGGACGAUAGUACGGUGUCACAACCGAAUCUAAAGAAUACGGUGAAAUGUGUUUCGCUAGCUAUUUAUUAUCACAUCAAAAAUCGGCAAUUCGAACGGCGUAUUGACAUUUUUGAUGAACGACUACAUCCACUAACCAGAGAUCACGUUCCAGAAGACUAUGACCAAACCAAUCCCGAACACAGGCAAAUUUACAAAUUUGUCCGAACGCUAUUCAAUGCAGCGCAAUUAACUGCCGAAUGUGCGAUCAUUACACUAGUGUAUUUAGAACGUUUGUUAACCUAUGCCGAACUGGACAUAGCCUCUUGCAAUUGGAAGCGAAUUGUAUUAGGUGCCAUUUUACUCGCCAGUAAAGUGUGGGACGAUCAGGCGGUCUGGAAUGUCGAUUACUGUCAAAUAUUGAAAGACAUCACGGUCGAAGAUAUGAACGAAUUGGAGCGUCAAUUCUUGGAACUGCUACAAUUCAAUAUCAACGUACCGUCAUCGGUCUAUGCGAAAUACUAUUUCGAUUUGCGUUCAUUGGCUGAAGCAAAUGACUUAUCCUUCCCAACGGAACCGUUGUCGAAAGAGCGGGCACAAAAGCUGGAGGCAAUGUCACGUGUGAUGCAGGACAAAGUAACGGCUGAAGCACUUAAAAACGGCAUCAAAAAGUGGUCAUCAAUGGAUAAUAUUAGCCAGGGCGGACCAAGGCGUAGUGUUGCUAUACUAUCGUGAUUGAAUUUAAGUAUAAAGUUUUUAACAUCGAAAAUAGUAAUUAGUUCUUGUGAUGAUUUUUCUAUUGGGAAAAACAAAAGUGUUUUUUGUCUUUCGUAAAAUUGGAGAGAAUAUUUUGAUCUUGUACUUACUGCGACCAGUAAAUGUAUAGAGAGUUAAUUUGAUAACAAUUAAUAAGAGAAUGGAUGGAAAUUCGGAGAGAGUCAGAUAAGUUCAUUUUCACGCUCUUUUUGAUUAUAUUUUUAAAGAGAAAAUGAGUUUCCGAUAUUUGCUAUGUAAACGAUUGAUUAAUUUUUGAGUGGAUGAUCAUGUCGAUUAAACUUUUUUGUCUGUGGCGCCUUUAAUUAGUCUUCUAAUUGUGCAGCUAAUUGUUUUUAUAAUUGCUCCAAAAUUAAAAUACAAAAAAAAAACCAAAAGCAAAAUAUUCAUAAACUUAAUGGCACUCUAUUUUAGUGUAGCGUUACAUAGUCAUACCUACCAUAAAAA